AUGCCAUUCCUUAAAAAAGCUCGACUGAAUCUGCCGCGUUCAACAAUAUUAGAUAAUAGAGCAAAGAAGUCAGGGCUUCGUGGAACAGUAUUUUCAGUCAACGGAGACAACUACACUGGGGAGUGGCUGGACAAUAAGAAACAUGGUUGGGGAACCCAAGAGUGGAAGUCGUCUGGUGCGAUUUACAAUGGCGAGUGGAAAUUUGGGAAACAUGAUGGAUAUGGCAUCUUCAGUGUACUUCGACCAGACACGAAGAAGUAUGCAACGCAGUACUGUGGCGAGUGGAAAAAUGGAAUGAAACACGGGCACGGUUCCUUCUUUGAUGUGCAUGCAACUUAUGAGGGAGAGUGGAGUGAGGACAAUCGCAGUGGUUGGGGGAGACGCUGCUAUAAGUGUGGCGAUCACUAUGAGGGGGAGUGGCUCUGGGAUAAGGAACAUGGAACAGGCGUCAUUCAAUUUGCCAAUGGAAACUGGUACGAAGGAUCUUGGAAGGAUGGAAAGAAAAAUGGUCAUGGAAAGUUCUACUAUGCUGAUAAAGGUCUCAUUUAUGAAGGCCUUUGGGUAGACGGUGAUGCAAAAUGUGGGACUCUGUCUGAUUUUGGGAGAGAAGAAGCACCACACCCCACCAAGUAUCCAAUUCCAGAGGUAACACUAAUGGACAUGAAAAUGGUUUUAACGGAAGCCGAGUCUGCAUACCUGGAUGAAAGUUGAUGGGAAAUAAGAGGAAGCAUGGGUUUCAUUGACUUUUGCCCCACCCCGGUGAUUUUUCUGUGUGUAUUCACAAACACACAUAAUCGUUUUGAUUUAUAGACAAACGUGUCACGACAACUGGCCAUUACACUAACAAGAACUGAAAAUGUGGGAAAUGUAUUUGGCCUUGAAUGGCUAUUAUGGAUUCUCUUGAAUGACUCAACUGUUUUUGAGUGUGUGGCAGACUUUUGGGGCAUUUAUCGAGAAUUAAGUGUUUGUGGUUAAAGUUAAUGUAUUGAGGGCUAGUUCAUCCAUGCCUUGACAAACCUUUGUUCACACAAAAAAUGAUUUUUUUUUUUUUUAAAACAAAACAGUUCCCAGAAAGUUGAAUGGAUUGGACUGUCCAAAAUGUAUUUAGAGAGAACUUUGACCCCAGACUUUUGAGAGUUUCGUCUCAUUCACACCUUUACACGAACACAAAAUAUGCUCAAAGGUACAGUGGGCAUGUCUGACAGGAGUGUGGACCAACCAACUAUGAGCACUUGCAACUGAGUGAACGCUGUGACAUGUCUGCUUACUGGCCCCCUUUCGUGAGUUAUUUUACCAAUUAAUUUUCCAAUGGACUGGAACUACGGCACACUGAUUCAUCCACAAUCUCCCUAAUUUUGCCGGCAAUUUGACUGAAACAACAUGUAGGUGCAAAAGGACCAUUAUGAGCCGUACCUGUUCUUUUUUGGCUAUGUGCACUACCUGGUCUGGCCACUUGGUUGCCUGUAUCUCUGCUUGUCUGGACUCUGCAAUUCUACCUCAUCCCUUGAGCUGCAAAUGGACUCCUGCGGUAUUUGGCUAUGUCGUCGCCAGUCGAUGACCGCUUCAGAAAGCUAAAGGCCUUCAACUAGAGCACCAUUGCAAGCAUUGGACUCACUAUUUGUGAAAUGUAUUUUAACCAUGUUUUUUACAAUACAGACAAUUUUUCAUGAAUUGUUAUAUAUCAAUACUGUAUCUGCUCCAAUUAUUAACAGGCCUUCUAUUAAUCAUCUGCCGCAUCCCCAUGACUCAUCAAUGUCAUUUUUAAUGAUAAA